GGGCUUUCCCGACCGGGGGCCCUGGUGGCUUGGAGAGGCGCCGUGACCCGCCUGACCCUCUCCGGACCUGGAGAGCAGCCGGAACCGGAGCCGCCGUGACGGCGGGCGCCUGAAGCUCCGGGAAGCAGGCACCCGGCGGGAGGCGCCACCCUGACCCAGGCCUAGCCGCAGAGCCAUGGAGCAGAGCUACCACACCGGCCUGGAUGGCAUCAUCGAAUAUGAAGGGUUCAAAUUUGACCCCUCCAUUGGAGAACCCAAGGAACCAGCCCCGGAGACAGCUGAUGGUCCCUACCUGGUCAUUGUGGAGCAGCCAAAGCAGCGAGGAUUCCGAUUCCGCUAUGGCUGUGAAGGCCCCUCCCAUGGAGGGCUGCCCGGGGCCUCCAGUGAGAAGGGCCGGAAGACCUACCCCACUGUCAAGAUCUGUAACUACGAGGGACCCGCCAAGAUCGAGGUGGACCUGGUGACCCACAGUGACCCUCCCCGCGCGCAUGCCCACAGCCUGGUGGGGAAGCAAUGUUCGGAGCUGGGGGUCUGCGCUGUGUCUGUGGGGCCCAAGGACAUGACUGCCCAAUUCAACAACCUGGGUGUCCUGCAUGUGACCAAGAAGAACAUGAUGGAUAUCAUGAUACAGAAGCUGCAGAGGCAGCGGCUACGCUCCAGGCCGCAGGGCCUGACAGAGGCCGAGAGGCGGGAGCUGGAGCAGGAGGCCAAGGAGCUAAAGAAGGUGAUGGACCUGAGCAUCGUGCGGCUGCGCUUUUCUGCCUUCCUGCGGGCCAGUGAUGGCUCCUUCUCCUUGCCCCUGAAGCCUGUCAUCUCCCAACCCAUCCACGACAGCAAGUCACCUGGCGCAUCCAACCUGAAGAUCUCACGCAUGGACAAGACAGCAGGCUCUGUGCGGGGCGGAGACGAAGUCUACCUGCUCUGUGACAAGGUGCAGAAAGAUGACAUCGAGGUCCGCUUCUAUGAGGAUGAUGAGAAUGGGUGGCAGGCCUUUGGGGAUUUCUCUCCGACGGAUGUUCAUAAGCAGUAUGCCAUUGUGUUCCGGACACCCCCCUAUCACAAGAUGAAGAUUGAGCGGCCGGUGACUGUGUUCCUGCAGCUGAAGCGCAAGCGUGGAGGGGACGUCUCCGACUCCAAACAGUUCACCUACUACCCCCUGGUGGAAGACAAGGAGGAGGUGCAGCGCAAGAGGAGGAAGACCCUGCCGGCCUUUUCCCAGCCCUUUGGUGGCGGCUCACACAUGGGUGGAGGCUCUGGUGGCGCGGCUGGGGGCUACGGAGGAGCUGGAGGGGGAGGUGGCAGCCUCGGCUUUUUCCCCUCCUCCUUGGCCUACAGUCCCUACCAGUCGGGCGCAGCCCCAAUGGGCUGCUACCCUGGAGGCGGGGGCGGGACACAGAUGGCAGCCUCAGCACCCGGCACGAAUGCUGCUGAGCCCUUGGUGAAGCCGAGUGAACCACAGGCCCCCGAAAUGCUGCAACGAGCACGGGAGUACAAUGCACGCCUGUUCGGCCUAGCCCAACGCAGCGCCCGAGCCUUGCUGGACUACGGCAUCACAGCAGACGCACGCGCACUGCUGGUGGGACAGCUCCACCUGCUGACGGCACAGGACGAGAACGGAGACACGCCGCUGCACUUGGCCAUCAUCCACGGGCAGACCAGUGUCAUUGAGCAAAUAGCCCAUGUCAUCUACCAUGCCCAACACCUGGGGAUCGUCAACCUCACCAACCACCUACACCAGACUCCCUUGCACCUGGCGGUGAUCACUGGGCAGACGAGGGUGGUGAGAGUCUUGCUGCAGGUGGGUGCGGACCCGGCACUGCUGGAUCGGCACGGGGACUCAGCUGUGCACCUGGCACUGCGGGCAGGCGCCAGCGCCGCCGACCUCCUGCAUGCGCUACUGUGCAGUGGAGCUCCCGCCAUGGCCCAGCUGCUGCAUAUGCCUGACUUUGAGGGGUUGUACCCAGUCCACCUGGCAGUCCAUGCCCGAAGCCCUAAGUGCCUGGAUCUGCUGGUGGAGAGUGGGGCUGAAGUGGAGGCAGCAGAGCGGCAGGGGGGCCGCACGGCCCUGCACCUGGCCACAGAACUGGAAGAGCUGGGCUUGGUUACCCACCUGGUCACGAAGCUGCACGCCAAUGUGAAUGCUCGUACUUUUGCGGGGAACACGCCACUACACCUCGCAGCAGGACUGGGAUCCCCCACCCUCACCCGCCUCCUCCUAAAGGCUGGAGCGGACAUCUAUGCAGAAAACGAGGAGCCCCUAUUCCCAUUGCCCUCCCCUCCCACCUCGGGGAGUGACACUGAUUCUGAGGAGCCAGAGAGGGAUACCCACUAUAGCUUCCGGGGCCACACACCACUGGACCUCACGCGCAGCACCAAGGUGAAGACCCUGCUGCUCAAUGCUGCUCAGAGCAUGGCCGAGCCCCCCCGGAGCCCCCCGAGCCCUGCAGGGCCCGGGCUGUCCCUUGGGGACACGACACUGCAGAGCCUGGAGCAGCUGCUGGACAGUCCCGAGGCCCAGGGCAGCUGGGCAGAACUGGCCGAGCGGCUGGGGCUGCGCAGCCUGGUGGACACAUACAGGAAGACACCUUCCCCCAGCGGCAGCCUGCUUCGUAGCUACAAGCUUGCCGGUGGGGACUUAGCGGGUCUGCUGGAGGCCCUGUCCGCCAUGGGCCUGGAGGAAGGAGUGAGGCUGCUAAGGGGUCCUGAAACCCGGGACAAACUGCCCAGUACAGAGGUGAAGGAAGACAGCGCAUAUGGGAGCCAGUCGGUGGGGCAGGAGGCGGAGGAGUUGGGUCUGCCUCCGGAGCCCCCAGGAGGUCUCUGCCAUGGGCACCCCCAGCCACAAGUACAUUGACCUGCCCCCCUGCACGCCAGCCCCCUAGGCCCUCUGUACAGCUCCCCAUUCCAAGUCUUAUUUAACACCCCAAGCCUAUAUGCCUAAGUUAGGGCAAAUAAAGGAUUCUCGUAGGAAGGG